AUGAGAGAGAGAACAACAGAUAAAGUGACUAUCUUCACAGCCCAAUAAAAUUACUAGCACAAACAAUGUUACAAAUUAGAAACAAGCACCAGUCUUAAAAUUUUAAGGAGUCUUUAAUCUAGAACUUCUGUUGGAAAUGUUAGCUAAGAAAAUUUAACAAAUUUAAAUAAAGUUAUAGAUAGAAAAGUAGUGGAAAUCUAUCUUAAAGAGAAAUAAAAUUCAGGGUACUUAAGUGGUAUUUUUAAAUCUAUGUAAAUGUUUCUUCAAAUUAGGUUAUCUCAUUUUUCAAAUUCGGUUUUGUAGGAGGAGGAAGAACUUUAGCACGAUUUAAGUGAAGACUGGGUACCAGAUGAAGAAGAUAAUGCAGGAGAAGAGGAUGAUUCUAUUUUAUGA